UAGGAAUUAUGUCGUAUGUAGGGCCUUCUAGUUCUGCCCCAGGAAGCACCACAAAGAUAAAAGUUUCAAUUAGUCCAGUUGGAGAGAUUACUGGAGAUAACAAAAAUCAAUUCACCUCAUUUCUAGGAAAUGUGGUCAGGACUCAUUGUCCAAUUGCAUACAAAGACUGGCGGCUUGUGUCAGAUACCAUCAAGGAUAAUGUUUGGUCAACUGUUUUGGCCAAAUAUGAUGUUGACGACAGUGAUAGCUGUAAAACUGCCAUAAUUAAGCGUGCUAAUGAUAUGUGGAAGGACUGGAAGAACCGAUUACGAGGAACUGUCCUGGAUAUGUAUGAUAAUGAUGGAGAGAGGAAAAAAAAUUGCCCUAAUGGCAUAAAGCUAGAAGAUUGGGUCAAAUUCGUUGAUUACGAAUCUACAGAAGAGGUAAAGUCUCGUCGUGGAAAGGGAAAGGAAUCCAGAAGCGAAAUGAAGUUCCCUCACACGACUGGGCGACGGGGAUCUGCUAGGACGGCAGAGUUGAUUGUAAGUUUUUAA